CUCCCAUUACCCAAAAACACACUCAAUUUUUCCUUUUUCUUUCUUUUUUUUUUAAAAAAAAAAAACAAAACAAAACCAAAGUGAUCUCUCUUUUAUCUUCUUCUUAUCUCUAUCUUUCUUGUUCCUUGCCUACUCUGAUUCUUCCCUUCUCCAAUGGCCGUUUCUCCCCACUCUUUCCCUCCGCGUAAACGCCGCCCCUCCGCCGCUGCCUUCGUCUCCCCCAAACUCUCCGCCCCAAUCCUCCUCCAAUCCCUCCUCUCCCUCUCCCAGGAAAUCUCUUCCACUAAACCCCUCAAAUUCCUUCUCCACCGCUACUCCAUUUCCAUGAUCCGCAAAUCCUUAUUGCUCGAAAUUAUCCUCCACGACCUCCUCCGCCGUCUCCCGAUUCCCUCCCUCUCCCCCUCCGCUUCCCUCUGUCUCGAAGAAAUGUACAUCGUUUUACAAAGAAUCAAAACCCUGCUCGAAGAUUGUUCUAACGGAAGCAACAUCUGGCUACUCACUCAAAACCAAUCCAUCGCUAACAAUUUCCACGAACUCACUUUGGAUUUAUCCACUCUGCUCGAUAUCUUCCCUGUUAAAGACGCUGGUUUAACCGAAGACGUUGAAGAAUUGUUUUACCUCUUGAGAAAUCAAACCUCUGAAUCCAGCGUGUUCCUCGAUCCAAGAGAUGAAGCUCUCCGAUUCAGAGUAUUGAAGAUGAUCGAUCGAAUCAAAGACGAAAUUGUUCCCGAUUAUUCCGAAUUGUUAGAGAUUUUUACCAUGAUUGAUAUCCGUGAUUCCUCUAGUUGUAGAGAGGAAAUCGAGAAUCUCGAGGAUGAAAUUCAGAAUCAAACCGAUGAGAAAUCGAGAUCUGAUGUGGUUGCUUUGAUCGGGUUAGUUCGUUACGCGAAAUGCGUUUUGUAUGGAGCGUCGACGACGGCGGAAUACGGUUUCCAACGGAAAGAUUCGAUUUCCGAUUUGCCUGUACCGGCGGAUUUCAGGUGUCCGAUUAGUUUGGAUUUAAUGCAAGACCCGGUUGUCGUGGCCACAGGACAUACGUACGAUCGUGCGGCGAUUACGUUUUGGAUUGAAUCUGGUCACAACACGUGUCCAAAGACAGGUCAGACCCUGGCCCAUACGAACCUAAUACCGAACCGGGCAUUGAAAAAUUUGAUUGCAAUGUGGUGCCGUCAAGAAAGAAUUCCGUUUGAUAUAACGGAAAGCAGUAAGGAGAGAGUCAACGACGUUACGUUAAAUAAAGCAGCGUUAGAAGCUAUGAGAAUGACGGCAACGUUUCUCGUUAACAAACUCGCCACGUCAGUUGACUCUUCUGUGAACGAUGUCGUUUACGAGCUUCGUGUUUUGGCUAAAACAGAUCCCGGCAGCCGUGGAUAUAUCGCUCAAGCCGGAGCUCUACCGUUACUCGUCCGAUAUCUCAACUCCAAUAACCCGAUUCUCCAAGUGAACGCCGUCACGACGGUGCUCAACCUCUCGAUUUUUGAGUCGAACAAAUCUUUGAUAAUGGAGACCGAUGGUGCGUUGAUCGGAGUUAUCGAGGUACUCCGGUCCGGCGCGACUUGGGAAGCCAAAGGAAACGCCGCCGCCACCAUAUUCAGCCUCUCCAGUAUCCAUUCUUACAGGCGGAGAUUGGGGAGGAAGACUCGUGUCAUAAGGGGACUGCUUGAUUUGGCGAAAGACGGGCCGGUUAGUUCGAAGAGGGAUGCUCUGGUUACGAUUUUGACAUUAGCGGGCGAUAGGGAGACUGUUGGGAGGUUAGUCGAAGGUGGGGUUAUGGAGACGGUGAGUUAUUUGAUGAACAGCUUGCCGGAGGAGGCGGUGACGAUUCUGGAAGUGGUGGUGAGGAAAGGGGGAUUUGUGGCGAUUGCUUCUGGAUUUUAUCUGAUUAAGAAAUUGGGGGUUGUAUUGAGAGAGGGCUCCGACAGGGCCAGAGAGAGCGCUGCGGCGGCCCUGGUGACAAUGUGCCGGCAAGGUGGAUCGGAGAUGGUGACGGAGCUGGCGUCGAUGGCCGGGAUUGAGAGAGUCAUUUGGGAAUUAAUGGGGAGUGGGACGAUGAGGGGUCGGCGGAAGGCAGCGUCGCUGUUGAGAAUACUCCGGCGAUGGGCGGCGGGUUUGGAUGGAAACGGCGGCGCGGGAGGAGAUUCGAUGACGGUUACAUCGUCGAGAAUCGGCGGCGAGUCAACGACGUUUGUUAGUUCGUCAAGAGGAGCAAUUGUGCAUAGCUAGAAGAGAAGGUUUUCAUACCAAAUUCUUUCCCACAUUUGUUUGUAAAUUCAUAUGUUUUUUUUCUUCUUCUUCUAUUUAUUUAUUUUUGUUCGGAAAAGUGAAAACGAAAGUCCCAAAAUAGAGAUUUUCAUUAGUUUGUUUUGAUUUGUUUGCACAUUGCCACAUUUUAGGAUCAAUCUUUGAUUAGACAA